AUGCCCAAAAAGAAGAAAGGUAAGCCAGAGAAGAAGGCGGAGCUGGAGGCGGAGCCGGGGGGCGAGGGAGCGGCGGAGGUGCCGGAGCAGAUGGAGUCAGCCCGGGAGGCACAGCUGCGGAGAGAGUACGACAUGCUGACGGAUACCUUAAACAACCUCAAGAGGAAAGUGGAGAAGCUGCGCUGUGAGAACGAGCUGCUUCAGGAUGAAGCCAACCAGAUUGGCACAGAGAGUCAAGAGUACUCGGCCUACAUCUGGAAGCGGACGCAGAAGCGGCAGAGCACCAUGGCGUCUCUGAGCCAGCAGAACGAGCAGGAGCUGCAGGCUCUGAGGGCCCAGAGGCAGGCGGAGGAGGACAGACACGCCAAACUCGCCAACGAGCUGAAGAGGCAGAUUCUAGAGAGGGAGAGUGAGCUGGUUCUGCUGAACAAUGAGAUCGAAGAGCUGGCUGAGUAUAAGAAGCUGCAGAAGCAGCAGCUGGAGCGCAUUGAGCAGCUGCAGGAGGAGGUGCUGGUCACCCACGGCGAGCACUCCCAGGCCAUCCAGACCCUGCGCACCUCCUGCCUCAACCAGAAGCAGAAGUACGAGGCCAAGGCCAGGCAGAAGGUGCACUCUGUGGCCCAGGCAGCGAACAGGGAGGCCUGGCAGUGCCUGAUCGCCCACACGCAGGAGGUGUUCAGGGAGAACCAGCGGCUGCGGGAGGAGCUGCAGCAGCUGAUCCAGCGCGCCAACGUGCUGCACGAUCACCAGGACAUGCUGCACGAGCAGAGGGAACAGCUGCUCAUGGAGAUGGAGUACGCCAAGGAUCAGCGCAAGAUGCGGGCCGCGCAGUGCCACCAGGGGGCAGCAGAGAGCAGCGCAGAGAGCAGCGCAGGCCCGAGCCAGCAGGGGGCAGCAGGGCUCACCCCGUUUCACAGAUGCCCUGGCCACGCCCCUCUGUGCAGGACUCCACACAGACUCCUGCCUCCCAGGUGUGGCUCACCUGCACGGUCACUCCUCGCCAAAUACGGCACCUCCCACAGGCUGCACCUCCCUCCCGGCCUGUGA